ACAAAACCCUAAAAAAAAAAAAGCAGAUGACGCACGGAAGCCAAGGGGCUGGGAAUAUCGUCGAACACUUGGGCUGCAUUUAAAAGUUUUCCGAGUGGCGCCUUUAGCCUAAAACCCUCUCUCUCUUCACUACUCAGAUCUAACUAACCUCUCUCAUUCCAAUGUUCGGCACUCCGUCUUCCUCGCCGGCGUUCGGAACUCCGUCCUCCACGCCGAUGUUCGGCUCGUCUUCAUCCCCCGCCUUCGGCACUCCUCCGCCGUCGAUGUUCGGUACGCCGUCAUCCACGCCUGCCUUCGGUACACCGUCGUCCACGCCGGCGUUCGGUACCCCGUCGACAUCUUCCUUCGCCUCCGGAGGAUUCGGCACCUCACUUUUCUCCACUCCGUUCUCAUCCCAGCAGCAGCAACAACAGCAGCAGCAGCAGACCUCGCCGUUCCAGCAACAACCGGCGGCAUCUUCUGGCUUUGGUUUUCAGUCGCCGUUCAACACGAUGCAGCAGACGCCGCAAUUGACUACUCAGAUGGCUCCCGUUGCUCCGAUUCCUUUCUCCCUCGCCGAUCGUGAUAUCCAGGCUAUCGUCGAAGCGUAUAAGGAAGAUCCGACGAAUCCUAAGUAUGCGUUUAAGCAUCUUUUGUUCAGUGUGACUGAACAGCAGUACCGUGUGAAGCCUGCAGCUGUAUCAGAUAUAAUGUGGGCGGAGGCCAUGAGCAAACUUGAAGGCAUGGAUUCAUCAGAAAGAGAGCGCCUAUGGCCUCAGCUUGUGCAAGGUUUUAAAGAUCUUUCUCAGCGCCUUAAGCUACAAGAUGAAGUUCUCGUAUCAGAUAGGGAAAGAAUCAAAACUACGCAGAGCAAUGUUAAAAUGCUUCAGAGACACUUGCAAGCACAUACCUUUCCAUCUAUUGAAAGGUUAAGACAGAAGGAGCAGAAUCUUCAAAGACGCAUGUUGAGGGUGAUGAGGAUAGUAGAGGGCUUAGAGGGGAAGGGUUUCCGGUUACCCUUGACAAAAGGAGAGGCCGAACUGAGUGAGAAGCUAACUGGAAUAACAAGACAGGUGAAAGGUCCUGGAGCAGAGCUUUCAAGGAGGGUGCAAAGUCUGCAGACAAUAUGUCGCGCUCAAGCAAAUUCCUUUUCUGCGGGUAGUUCCAUUUAUCUCCCGGGUUCUACUAAAAUAGACGAGCAGAGCCUGGUUGAUAUGCAGGAGGUAUUACAACAGGAGACAGAAGCAAUAGGAAGGCUUGGGAACGUAUUGAAGCGAGACAUGAGGGAUAUGGAAAUCAUGGUGGCCGAAGAUACAGAAAUGACCGAGGACACGUAGAUGUCUACUAUUGGAUUCGCAAAAGGCUUUUGGACUUUGACAUGUACUUUAGUAGCUGAGCUAUAAAAUCUCAAUGUAUUGUGUGAUUUCUCUUUCAUUAGUGUUCUAAAAUAGAGUGUAAUCUUCGGACAUGAUUCAGAGGAUUAGUGAAGAAACGUGCACUUUCUCAA